GGCACCCAGGUCCACGCCAAGCAGAGUGGGGACAAAGCUGGCUACAGCUCUGGGGCUGGUGGGGCUGUGCUGGAUAAACCAUUGUGCGCGCAGCUGGGCACCUGCAUCCUUCUGCACAUGGAGCACAUUGUCCUGGGCUGGGUGCUGCUGCUCGGCACCUGGGCUGGUGCAUGGGCUGGUGGCAGGAAACUCAGCGCCAUGAAGGAGGUGGCGAUGGACAUGGCCCCCCACUCCUUUGAUGACCAGUACCAGGGCUGCAUCGACUUGAUGGAGGCUGAGCUGCAGGAGCUGAACCGCACCGAGUUCACCAACGACAUCUACGCCGAGGGCUGGAGAAGGGCAGCUGCGGAAUGGCAGAGCCGAUGGGGCCGUGCUGCCCGACCACCGGCACUGAGAAGGGAUCAGGCCACAGCCAUGAUGGCGUACAUGUUGGAGGGGAACCUGUACCACCAGUUCAACAACGCCACGCUCACAGCUGGGCGCUCCCGGCAGCACUACCUGCGCUCCUACCCCUUCAAGGCACUGCAUUUCCUACUGAGCAGAGCCCUGCAGACCCUGCGGGAAUCCCAGACCCAGCGAUGCUUCCAGGUGUACCACGGCAUCAGGAACGUCCGCUACACGGCACAGCAAGGCAAGGUGGUCCGCUUUGGCCGGUUCACCUCCACCUCCCUCCAGCAGAUCAUCCCUGGAAUAUAUGCCCCGGACACCAUCUUCUCAGUGGAGACCUGCUAUGGUGCGCCUGUCCAGAACUUCACCACCAUCCCUGAACAGGGCAAAGUCCUCAUCCCACCCUUCGAGCAAUUCAGGGUCAUCAACUCCACCUACAUUGCGGGAAGAAGCUUCAUCCAGCUCCGCUCCCACGGGAAGAGCAGCACCUACAACUGCGAGUUCGUGAAGGAGAAAAGGUGCAAGGGGCGGCCAUGCGCUUUCAGUGCAGGCAGGAGCAGCCCCAUGGAACCCCCGCACCUCUGGGGGCUCCUCCUGGCAGCCGCAGCCCUGGCAGCCCUGGGAGAGCCCUGAGCCGCCCACCGCACUGCUGCCAUCCCUCGGAGAUGGACGCCUCUCCGUGACAUUCCCAUCAGAUCCUGCAGGAGCUUUUCACCAAGGCUUGUGCCACGGCCGUCAUGCCUGCUGAAGACUGAGGACAUCUUUGCUUGCGGGUCCUGCCAUGCUCCCCUCCACACUGAGGCCACCUCCAAGCACCAAGCUGUGCUGCAUGACCAGACUGCCUUGUCCCCUCCCUGGAGCAGAGCCCGUGGGACCGGCAUUGCAGGGCGCAGAGCAGCUCUCUCCCCAACCCCUCCUGCGGUCCCACUACUCCCCUUCCCCUGCACACCCGCGUGGCUUUGCAGAGCUCUAAGUUCCUCCAGCUCCCCAUGCUCCUGAUGGUCCCUGAGUUCCCCAGCAACAGAGAAGUUCCCUCCAUGAGAGCCCAGCUGGCAGCCUGGACCCUCCUCGAGCUCACAGUUGUAGGUGCUGUUUUUCCACGAGGAGCGGAGAUGGAUGAGGAUUUUCCUUUGUAUUUUUUUGAUGGUGACCUCGAAGGUCUCAAAGGGUUGGAUGAGGACCAUGUCCUCGUCAGGGUGGAAGGAGAAGUCUUUGAUGGGGACAGCAUAGCAGGGCUCCACUGAGAAGAAGGUGUCCUGGUCAAAAGACUCAUUGGCCUUCUUCUGGAGGCUGGAGGAGGUGAACUGGACAACGUGGGCCAUCUUGCCUUGUUGUGCUGGGAAGUGGGUGUUCUCAAUAGAACAGUAGAUGUGGUGGCAUCGUUAGGCCUGGGAUUCCCACCAGGUCCGGCUCAGGAGGACGAGGAAGGUAAAAGCAGAACGGCCCUUUUGGUGCUCAGUGUGGGAUCUGGAGGGCUGAAAUAAUGGCAGGUCUGAUCAGAGCCUGUUGGAGCAGUCACAAGUCCUCAUCCCACCCUUUGAGUUCACUGAGGUCGCCAACUUCACCUACAGCAAAAGCAGAACCCUCAUCCACCUCUGCUCCCAGGAGUAGAACUGCUCCUGCAACUGUGAGCUCGUGAAGGGUAAGGGGUGCUGGUGAGGUGGGGGCCAACAGGGGUUGGGGCACAGCCCUGGGCAGCUCUGCGCUCCCUGCACUCUUCCAGCCACGGCUGGAUGGGAUCAGGGGACAGAUUGUGUGGCCCCAUCCCCCUGACAGCAUCAUCACGGAGUCCUGGAAUGAUUUGGGUUGGAACAGACCCCAAAACCCAUCCAUUUCCUAUCCCUGCCGUGGGCUGGGUGCCCCCACCAACUCAGGCUGCCCAGGGCCCCAUCCAUGACCUUGGGCACCUGCAGGGAUGGGGCACCCAUGGCUUCAUUAGGCACCCUAAGCCAGGGCCUCACCGCCCUCUGAGGGCAUUAUCCAUAUUCUUCUUGAGCUCCUGCAAACACAGUGCCGUGACCACUGCCCUGCAGACCCCUCUCCAAAGCAAUCUCCUGUCUUCCCGUGAAGGUAGAUGCAAUAAAACUUCCUAUGCAAUAAUCACGAUCCCAGGGAAA